GGCUCCCGCCGCCGACUGACCCGCGCUCCGCCCCGUAACCGGGCCGGCAUCCUGGUAGCUAAUGUCAGAAGAAAGUGACUCUCUGAGAACUAGCCCUUCUGUGGCCUCACUUUCCGAAAAUGAGCUGCCGCCAGCAUCCAAGCCUCCUGGCUAUGUGUGCUCGCUGUCGGAAGAGCUGGUCACCAAGGCCAGGGAAGAGCUGCAGGAGAAGCCGGAAUGGAGGCUUCGAGACGUGCAGGCCCUCCGUGACAUGGUGCGGAAGGACUUCCCGAACCUGCGCACCUCUCUGGACGAUGCCUUCCUGCUGCGCUUCCUCCGAGCCCGCAAGUUUGAUUAUGACCGGGCCCUGCAGCUCCUGAUCAACUACCACAGCUGUAGGAGGAGUUGGCCUGAAGUCUUCCAUAACCUGAAGCCGUCGGCCUUAAAAGAUGUCCUCGCUUCCGGAUUCCUCACCGUGCUGCCCCACACCGACCCCCGGGGCUGCCAUAUCCUCUGCCUCCGCCCAGACAGAUGGAUACCGAGCAACUAUCCAAUUACCGAAAACAUCCGAGUCAUAUACUUGACAUUAGAAAAGCUCAUUCAGUCUGAAGAAACCCAAGUGAAUGGAAUUGUAAUUCUUGCAGACUACAGAGGAGUGAGCUUAUCAAAAGCAUCUCACUUUGGCCCUUUUAUAGCCAAAAAGGUGAUUGGCAUCCUUCAGGAUGGCUUCCCCAUUCGGAUAAAAGCGGUCCAUGUCGUGAAUGAACCUCGAAUAUUUAAAGGCAUUUUUGCCAUCAUAAAACCAUUUCUGAAGGAGAAAAUAGCAAACAGAUUUUUCCUCCACGGGUCUGACCUGAACUCUCUCCACACAAACCUUCCAAAAAGUAUUCUGCCCAAGGAGUACGGGGGCACGGCUGGCGAGCUGGACAUUGCUGCCUGGAGCGCGGUGCUGCUGGCCUCGGAGGAGGACUUUGUGCGAGAGUUCUGCCAACCUGUCCCCGCCUGCGACAGCAUCCUGGGGCGGGCGCUGCUGCCCGAGGGGCUGACCUCAGAAGCGCAGUGUGAUGACUCCAUGCGGGCCGUGAAAUCACAGCUGUACUCCUGCUAUUAGCCAGUCCCUUGUGAGCAUCACCAGCUUUAAGUCCUUUCCUUUUUUUCUUCCAUGGGGAGGCACAUGGAGAAUUUUAGGUGCCAUGGAUUCUUGCUCCUUGUAAUUAAGCUGCAGCAUGGAGGGAAAGCUGAGCGUGAGUGAAAGGGCAUGCCCUUGAUUACUUGAAUUAUUUCAUGGAAGACAUGGAAAAUGUCCCCAAUGAUUCCCAAAUUUGUGGAAUCCCAGUUUGCAACCAUUAAUCUGGAAGUUGUAUCUGGUUCUUAAACAUCUCAAAGCAGGAAGAAUGAGGACCAAAGUCACUUUGAUCCCAUCUUCAGGAGAAACCAACCCGAUUGGCCAGUCAGCACAUGAAACACUUGCGUCAAGCCUGCAUGGUGGCCACAUGUGAGACUUUAGGAGUUUGUGUCUUUCCCAUGAACCCUAACUCCAGACUUCUGUUGCUCAUCAGGAAUCUACAAGUUUUCGGCCCAGGCCCAUUGCCAUCAUGGAUUUGGAAAGCACCUUACCUGAAUCAGGCACACAGCGGCACAUCAGCAGCUUGACCAGGGACUUCCUGGUCAAGUUCGGGAGCCAAGACUUCAAGCACCUGUAGGAUUCAUUGGUUGAAUCUUGCAGUAGAAACUUGUUUUCCCAAAUCCAUAAAGCCUUAGUCCUGGUUCUCAACAGAAUCAUGCAAGGUCCUAGAAGUAUAUAAUUUUAUUCAACCUAAAAUACUGGAGGCGAGGCCUGUGUAGCUAAAAAAUGCUGGCCUAAGAAUUAAGAGACCUGAGCUCCAGCCUCAGACGUGUGGCCAUGGAUAAGACCUGGGCCUCUGCGAGCCUCAGUGUCCUCAUCUGUAAAAUGAUGCUAAAUGAAAUGACACAUAGGGCCCUUUGGGCUGCUGAGGGUUUGGUUUUGUUAUUGGACAUUAGACAUUGCUUUUCCGCCUAGAAAGAGGACUCUCUAGAUGCAAGUGGCUGGAUCCUGUUUUCUGUGGUACGCCUGGGCCUUUCCAGGAGGGAUGUGUCAGUCAGUCACCAUUUGGCCCUGCCUUUAAAGAAACAAGUAUGUAUAUUCCUGGGACUCAGUGGUACCAACCUCCUUUUCUUAGUGAGGGUUAAACUUGAAUGGCUUUUGUGAGGGCAGGCAGGUGAGAGGACCAGCUUCUUGUAUGAACUCCAUCCCUGAGAUUCUGGUGGUAUAACUGUAAAGCUGGCAGCAGGGAAUGGUUAAGUUACUUGGGAUUCUGAAAUUUUGGUCUGGAAUUGAAUACAAGGGCACGUUAUUGCUGGGUCACUUCUGAGGGCCCCUGCCCUCCCAGACCCCCGGCAUUUCUCUCUCUGUUGUGGGUGGGCACACUUUAGUCUGUCCAGCCAGACUGGAUGUUUGUUCUGCAUUUCAAUACUUUAGACUCAUCCUGUCAAGAAUUUAGCCUUUGUCCAGGCAUCAUAUUAGGGGGUUCAUCUCGUGGCUUUUGAUUUCUUUCCUACUCAUCCCAUGUAAAUGAUGUUAAAGUAACCAGUACUAUGUGUUGUGUGUGCACCUUCUCUGUGCACUUCCUAGGCCACCAGGCAAGGUGGAAGUGAACAGUGCACCGAAAUUCAAAGGCCAGUCUGUUGCAAAUAAGCUGUUCAUCUUCAUAGCACUUUAAAAAUGUCCGGAGCGGUUGUUGGUAGAAGUUAUGUGCCUCAUUAGUGCCAACUCUAGGGAAAGUUCCUUUCACCAUAGAUACUGACCCCGGGUCCUCUGGGACCUGGCUGAGCUGAAAGUGUCAAAAUGCACACCCCUGGCUGCCUCUAGUUCCGUCUGACAGUGAUGGUGUGACCAGCAUUGCUGAAAAGAUCUAAACAGGACAAGUGGGGUGGCUAAUGCAGGUAGAGGUUCAGGACCCAUCUGCCUGGAUGGGAAAAUUGGUUAGAGGCUUUCCUAGUUCCCAAAGAGAUUUUUUUUAAAAGGAAAAAAAAAAAAAAAAAAAAAUUGAAAUCAGCUAGACAGAGAGAAAUGAGUUGCUCAGCCCCACUAAGUUUCCAAGGUUGAAACUGCAUUCCAUUGCAUGCCUUUGUCUAGGUGACUUCAAUAGCAGUGGCCAAGCUCACCUAGAGAAUCAUCUCAGACCAGGAAGGAUGCUGGUCAGGCCGUUGUCAUUUCAGCUUCUGAAAGGAGUCAGAGCCAGGGUUUGCCUGCCAGCCUGCCUUCUAGAGCUGCUGCUUCGUUGUGGCUCUACAGAGGGAUCCAAUCGUUUGGCGCCUGAGGAGUUUGAAGCAAGCUGGGAAACCAGGGCCUCCCUGGGUGAAAAUCAAGGCAGUCUGUGUGUGGCUUCACCAAGCAUUUCCAGUUUCCCCAGCAGGAGGCCGGUGAUGACCAAGGGAGCCGCCCAGGGAGCCACACUCAUUAGUGGAGGCGCACAGACCGCACAGCAGUGAACCGCGGAGAACGGGGAGUGCUUUCCUUUAGGGAAAAACUCCAGCCCAUUUCACAGGCUCCUGAAAAUGAACUUUCCCCACAAUUCAGGGUAGUGUGUAGAGUAGGGAAUGGAAAAGAGUAAACCAGGAGACCUGAGUUCCAGCUGUACCUUGCUGUGUGGUUUUGGGUGAACCACUGCACACCCCUGAAUCAUUCCAUUCUGUACUUAAAGGGGAUCACACCCUGACUCUGAAACCUCCUUUCCCAGCAUCGAUCAUCCUGCCCCUGCCCCCUCCUCCCCGCCCCCAAGCUGGGUUAUUCAGGAAGUACCUAAAACUUCCAAAUGUAGGUUUAGGUAAUAUGGGGUUUUUCUUCCUCCUUCCCCCAUACUGCUACACAAAAGUGUGUCUCUUCCUGGAAUCCCAUUCUGCCUUCAUGGGGAGGUAGAAUCUACAGAAAGAAAUCGACAGAAACAGCCAGAAGUGCAACCCUGGCUUCCUCUUCAGCUCCCUCAUGUUUCAUCCUGCUUUCACGGAGCCACCUGUCCUUAGGUUUAUAAACACUUCAGCUUACAAGAUACUUUUUUUUUUUUUUUGGCCAAAAUGUAGCAGGGGAAUCAGAGAAUUUCCCCCUAAAUUCCUGUGAGACAUUGAGCCUUUCGGAAUCCUCCCUGGUGGGCAGUUUCUUUAAAUGCCAUCUGAUUCUCAGAUCAGUCGUGGGGUUAUUUUUUUCAUUUGGGUAGGCAAAUGAAAAGGCGGUGGUACUCUGGCAUUAUUAUAAUACCUCCUGUUAAAGUUUUCCGCUCUUAAGGUUCUCCUUUGACAGCUCUUUCAUUUAGGAAGCAAAGUGAUAGCUAAUGUGUAAGUGUGGCUGUCCUGUGGCACGAAAGGGGUGGAGAUGCCAAACAUUGACUGUUCGGGAAUGAUGGCAGUUCUCACACUCCACUCCUCUCCUGGGUACUGGGAUCUGUUAAUUUUGUGAACUUCAAGUCAUUUUCUUUCUGCUUUCUGGACUCAGAAAAAAUGGCUUGCUUGAAAUGCAGGAUGUCCAGAUAUUCCUCCUUAGCAUUUGGUCCCUGAGGAAGCCCAGUGUGAUUUGUGGAUGAAGAUGCUAGUGAUGAAUGUUGGCCAAUUCACUGCUUUUCCUUCCAUCUCACUGGGCGACGUGUUCAGCUGGACAGCCAGUCAGCUGCCCUUGGGGAUUCUUGCAGAUGUGCCUCGCCUCCUGGCACAUCAGGUGGGACCCUGUUACGAGUGAAAUACUUGAAACUUUCCUGGGGCCAACAGCCUCUGACCCCACUCUGAUGGGUGGGAGGUGGGCUCUUUCUGACCAGAUUGGGGCACCAUUUCAGCCACUGGUCACAUUCCUCACUUCAAACUGAAAUUCAGUUUGGCUUUGAGUAUAGGGCCACAUGGUGGUGGAGUCAUCUACUUCAGUGUUUGUUUUGACCAAAAGUUUAUUUUUCUAGUGCAUUUUCUAAGUCAAAGUGGUGAAAACGUGUAAUUUUAGUAUGCAUGACUGGUCUCCAACAAUAAAACCCUGGAAGGACAAAGGUGUGGAGUCCCUUUGUGACAGUGGCAGCUUGUUACUCCUGGCAUGCGGCCUGGCAGAG